GUCCCAACUCACCACGGAUCCAGUUCCGUACGGGAAACGCUGCCCUUUUUCCAAUUAUAGUACCACGUGAAUCGUUCGCGUCAUCCUUCCGUUUCAGUCCGCGUGUUCGUUGUCAUUUUUCAUUCAGGAAUCGAUUGCGAUAUGUCCAGGGAUUCCAAUCCACCUGGACGUCGAAUUUUGCUCGAUCGCUGUAGCGCCAGUUUCGUUUCGUUGAUCGGGAUUUAAACACCCUUGAUCCUUCGUCACGAACGAUCUAGUUCGAUGUUUUGGGAUCGACAGUGAACAGUGACUAAAUGACAGGCAAAUAAUAGUGUAGUUGGCUCGGUAUGUGAACUUGUGCUACAUGGAUGAGAGGGAAUUAUCGGUGUUUUACGAGUGAGCUUUUUAAAACGUCUAUUAGAGUGAUUAUUUUGGUCAAAAACUUGGACGCUACGGUCGCAACAUGGCCGUCAAAUGGAUCGGAUCCGAUGGACCGAAUGUCGGGUGAAGAUCAUUCAGGACGAACCUUUGUAAACUUAGCAAUCGUCUUAGCAAUCUUUUAUAAUUACUAAUUCGUUAAGAAUUCAGCAGUAGUUAUCGGAAAAUAGGAGGCGCAGGAUGAGCAUUCAAAACGGUUUCCGGUGAACAAGCAACUUGUAUAGUUUCAAAACAGUCGGAAACAAUUAGGAUCAUCCGAAGAAUUAGUUGGAAGAACCAUGUCGGUUCACGGCGACAGCGACGCGGACGCGACGGAGGAGAUCAACGUGGACGAUUCGGAUUCCGGAAGUUGUAGUCCGCACAAUUACGCCCACGACAAUCGUCGUCUACCGCAGGAGCACUCGGAAUGCUCAAAUUCCCCUCCGCCGAGUCAAACGAGCUCGAGAACAUUGCAAAACGAGUCUCCUAGGAGUCACCCGUUCAGUAUAAGUCGUUUACUGGGUGACAAUAGGUCCCAGAACCGGAAGAGCCCCUCCUCCGAGGAUCUGGACAGCGACAAGGAACGCAAAUGGUCUUGGGAAGAGAGCAACAAUAACGUGGGCUCGUCGAUGACCUUGGACGACGGUAGGCGAUCGUGGGGCCACGAAAUCGAAGAGAAACUGUCCGAGAAGGAUGACGACGACACCGGAAGUACCGCUGAAACGCAGACGAACUCUUCGUCGUCGGUUCACUGCACCAGCACGGCGGAUUUGUUGGCGCCGUUCAGACUUUUCCCAGCCGGAUCGGGACUGAUAUACACCGGCGGAGGCGUAAUCAGGGUCCCUGCCCAUCGACCACCCGGUGCUAAUGGGACACCAACGGGUGCUCUGCCCGCACAGGCGUUGAUACCACCAUGGAGUUUACAAGCUCUUCAACAUAGCCAACAGCAAGCGGCGGCGGCUGGUCUUCAUAGGGCCAGCUUGUUGGCGAACCUUGCAGCACAUCCGCUCCAGGGACACCCACACCUGAAGGACAGGUUGGCAGUAGCUGGAGCAUUUCCAAGGAGGAUCGGUCAUCCUUACCAAAACAGGACACCACCGAAGAGAAAGAAACCAAGGACCAGCUUUACCAGGCUGCAAAUCGCCGAGCUGGAGAAACGUUUUCACAAACAGAAAUACUUGGCGUCGGCAGAACGAGCAGCCUUGGCGAAGUCGUUGAAGAUGACGGAUGCUCAAGUGAAAACAUGGUUUCAGAACAGACGAACGAAAUGGAGGAGACAAACGGCUGAAGAAAGGGAGGCUGAAAGGCAAGCAGCGAAUCGGUUAAUGCUGUCCCUUCAAGCCGAAGCUCUUGGAAAGGUAGCUUAUCAUCCAGCAACGGUACCCAGCCAUCCAGCAGGAACCACCGUUUCCAGUUUGGACAGACAGCAACCACCCACGGCCCUAACCCAUCCCGUAGGUCAAUGGACAUCGCCUUAUGGUCCUCCGCAACCCUUGACGGAGCCAAUUUGCUGAACCUUGAUACAAUCGACUCGAAUCGAAAGACUUUUAUCGAACGAUGAGUUCGAUCUACACAAUUUUGUGUCGCGUUUCAAUCAGUUCGACGGGAAAUCGUGAUUGGUCCUUUCGCGUUUAUGUCAGUGAUCUGAGGGAGGAUUAUCCUCCUCGUUUCAGAAUUACAGUGGUGUGAAGGAUGGUUUGGAAGAUUUUUCAUUUUAUGAUAAAUAGAAGAAUAUUUUGG